AUGUAUACCGCUGGAGCCGCCGCCGCCGCCGCCGCAGCUGCAGCGGCCAACGGAUCACCUUUCGACAGCAGCUACUCGUACCGCCUGUGGUGUUUAGCCAACGUGUGGAGCUGCAAUCUUCCGUUGCCCGGGAUGAGUCUGGAGGGUCUUCUCAAAGACUACCAGGACCUACACCACCAGCAGCAACAGCAACAGCAACAGCAGCAGCAGCAUUUACAGUACUGCCCGUUUUGCCGGGAAUCGGUUGACUUGGGAUCGCUGAAGGAACACUUGGACGGCGGAUGUCGCGCACGGCCACCUUCGUCGCAACCGUCCUCGCCCCCGACCACAGUUGCGGUCGCCGGCCAAUACGGGUGCUUGCAGUGCAACGCCGCUUUUGGCAAUCGCGACUUGCUCGAGAAACACGAACUGCUCCACUCGCCCAACGCCCAAGUGUCCUGCAAGGUGUGCAACAAGACGUUCGCCAACGUUUACCGUCUCCAAAGGCACAUGAUAAGCCACGACGAGAGCGCGGUGCUGCGCAAGUUCAAAUGUCCUGAGUGCGAAAAGGCGUUCAAGUUCAAACAUCAUCUCAAGGAACACAUUCGCAUUCAUAGCGGAGAAAAACCAUUUGAGUGCUCCAACUGCGGUAAACGGUUCUCGCAUUCCGGUUCAUAUUCUAGUCACAUGACUUCCAAGAAGUGUCUGAUCAUAAAUUUAAAAAUGGGUGGCCGAGGGUCACAGGCCAACAACCGGAACGCCGCUCACCAUCAACCGAACAGUGGUUUUCCGGGCAAGCGUCCAGUUCCUAAUAACAAUAACAACAUAACCAACAACAACAGCAGCAACCACAACAACAACAGUAUCGGUGCCGGUGGCAAUGCGUUCUCGCCCCUCCUACCAUCGUCGGUGUCCAAGUACGACAUGCAAGUGGUGCAGCCGAAUCCAGCACAGGCACAAUCGCUUACACAACAGCCCUUCUAUAAUCACACGCAACCAAAAGCCACCGCGGCGGCCAUCUACUUCCCAGGACUGUUCAACACUCAGAGCAAGUUCAACAUACACGAUCUACUGCAGCCGUCGUUGCAGAUGCAGUCAGCGAUGGCCAAGCAAGAACAACAACAACAACAACAACAGCAAGAACAAGAACAAGACGACUGUUGUAGUAGCGAUGGAAAGAACAAAACGAUGACAGAUGAAGACAACCGCAAUAAGGACCACGAAAGUGGUGUUGACGAUUUCAACGACGAUGAUGAGGAAGAAGACGACGACGACAAAUACGACAACGUGAUCGACGUGGUGAACGUGGUGAAGAAAGAACGUGAAGACGGCAGUGGAGGUGUGGACGAGGACGCGGCCGGCGAAACGGACGCGGCUGUUAAGAAACUCUUGGAGACGGUCAACGUAUCGGCGGUCACCAAGCAGCUGAUGAUGGCCAACGCCGCGGCCGCCGCAGCGGCUGCCCUGCACCACCAGCAACCGCUGUCUUGUGGCUCGUCGGGCGGUUGCCCUAGCGUGACGAGCGACUCACCGCCGUACCACCACGGCUACAGCUUGUAUCCCAACCACAACAACCAUCACCACCACCACCUCCUCAACCACCACAGAGCCGAAAGUCUUGUCGGAAAAGCGGCAGACUACUCCGUGGGCGCCGGUUCCAAGACAACUAUUAACAACAACAACAUAAACAACGGUUACGACGCGGGCAGCGACUGUUACACCGACGACGAGCACAGACCGUGCACCACCGAAGAGGAAGACUCAGUGGACCAGGACGGCCGCAAGAUCCGCGUGCGUUCGCAGAUAGCUGAUGACCAGCUGGCCGUGCUCAAGGAGUGCUACGCGGCUAACCCACGGCCCAAGCGCGAGGAACUGAGCCGAAUCGCCGACCGGAUCGGCUUCAACGUGCGCGUCGUCCAGGUGUGGUUCCAGAACAACCGGGCCCGGGACAGGCGCGAAGGCCGCCUGGUGCACAUGCCGUACUCGCCCGCGUCCGCCGCCGCCCACGCUGCGACCACCCCGAGUCUCGCCGAGCAGCCGCUCGACCUGUCCACGAAGCGGGGCCGCCACGGCAAAGACGGCGGCACGGACGACGACGAGUGCAACGGUGGCCGCGGUGCCGUGUGCAAUGUCACGCUAAACAACAAGUGCACCAUUCAGUUCAAAUGUUGGACCGCCAACAACCGGGACGACUGCAGUUCGUCGCCGCCCGCGUCCAUGCUGCAGCCGCAUUGCCGCAAGACGUUUCUGGGAGGCGCGUACCCGCCGCCGUCGCCAGUCUGCGCGGCGCCGCCCCCGCCGCCGCCUUCGUCACACUUGCACCAUCCCGCGUCCCAUUCGCCCAUACCGGCUGUCGCGCUCCGGCACAACGGCAGCUUGAGCCCUGCGUCCGAGAAACGUUCGUGGAAGAGAGAAUAUGGAGACUGGAGCGACAUGACGGACGAAGCCGAAGACUCUGGAUGCACGUCCCAAGAUCCAGACGACGCGGUGUCAACCAGAGGCGGAGCAGGCAUCAUGCACAACAACAAUAACAAUAACAACAACAGCCACAACAACAACACCAGCAAUGGCUCAAUGGUGGCCGCAGUCGGUUCACCCAGCAAAAAAUCCAAACCGUCAUCUGUGGAAUCUGCCGAAGUACCAGAUCAAAGACCUCACAAAUGCGACGUUUGCCCGAAAGCGUUCAAACACAAACACCAUCUGACCGAGCACAAGAGGCUGCACAGCGGCGAGAAACCAUUUCAGUGUUCCAAGUGCAUGAAACGAUUUUCGCAUUCGGGUUCGUACAGCCAGCACAUGAACCACCGGUUCUCGUACUGCAAACCGUAUAGAGAGUAA